GUAGUUAAUUGUAGGUUGUAGUUUAGCCCGGUAAAAGACGCAGUUUUUAGUUAUUUACGAGUGCAAAAGGUGCCCUUACGUCGCGGCUUACGUUUUCUCCGCCUAACGCAAGGCGACUCCCUCGCUCUCUCUCACUCCGUCUCUCUCUCUCUCUCUCUGUGGCGUGUCUCUCGGCGAUUCUCUUUCUCCGCGUGUGGAUUGCGUUUUUGCCGGCGCGGCGACGGCGACUCCAAAAAGACACGGCACAACACACACUCUACACUCGUUGUGUCCCAAGAAGUUCAGUUCGCUUUUCGUCGCCAGUCCGCAAAAAUGUGAAAAUGGAAAACUGAGGGCCAGCCGAGAAAAGAAAAGCCGCCAAGCCAGAGACUGCAACUGCAACGCCAGUAAAAGCUCCCCAACUGCAAAGGCAAAUCCGCCAGCGAAAAGUGCGCGCGUGUAACAAUUAUGUGAUAUCUACAACAAAUGCUCGGACUGCUGACGUCACGCACAGAAUCGUAGAAUAUAUAGAGAAUAUAAAGGAGAACCGAAAACGUCGCGUAGUAAAGUUAAAAGUUCCCACACAUAACCACACACACACACACACACACAACCACGGACUGAGUCGGCGGAGGAAGAAGAAGCAGCGGUAUAUAAUACGAAUACGUGGAAUACAAAAAGUAACCGAAAGAAAAGGCAAAACACCCGCAAAAAACGAAAAAGCGAAAGAACUGCAAAUAUGAAACGUGUGUGAUAUUCGGAGAGCCAGUGGAAGAGAGGGCCGCGGCGGAGGAAAGCGGGAGCAAGAAGAAGCAGCAGCAGAGCCAUUUGUUGUUGUUGCGUGUGAUAUUUGGAAAGCAAGUAGGAGCGAGGCGGCGACCAGAAUUCCAGUUUAGAUGUGAAGAAUCCUUAGGUGCUAAUUUAGUUGAUAAGCGCGAGAGCGAGAGCGUGGGAGAACGAGAGCGAGAGCGAGCGACACACAGGCACAGGCACAGUCACAGGCAGUACAAUAGGUAAAGCGCCGCGAGAGCUGGAAACUGCGACUGGGUGGUAACUCUUCGAAGGCAGUGCUUGAAAGUAUGCUACACUUUGAUGCCAGCGCUGGCCGACUGAGGCGAACCUAACAGCAUCGGCCGCCGAUAACAUAACAUACACAGGAGACACAUCUACAGACGGAGGAGAGAGAGGCUGAGAGAGAGAGAGAGAGAGAGAGAGGGGGAGAGAGUGCGGCGGAGAAUCGCCAAGGAAUCACGAAGAGCCGGCAGCGAAAUGUCCAAGUUCUUUGUGAGCGUGGCCCCCAUCAACAACAGCAGCAGCAGCGGCAGCAACAGCAACCACUCCACCAGCAACAGCCAGCGACUCCAGCAGCAGCAGCACUAUGGCGCGGGCGGGGCAACUGGCCACACGAUGGUGGCCCGCCGACUCAACUACGACCUGCACGGCGGCUCCACCGGCAUCAGCGGCGGCAGCAACAGCAGCAGCAACAACAACAACAUUGUGAUCAAGAACGAGGCCCACGACCUGGACUACGAUCACGGCCUGAGCAGCAGCGACAGCAAUAGCAACAGCGGCGUGGCCGCCCACCUGCGGGACCAUGUCUACAUCAGCCUGGACAAGGGGCACGGCGUGGGGGCGGUGGCAACAGCAGCGGCAGCAACGGCGGGCCAAGCGCAGCAGCAGCGCAGGGCGACGACCGGCAAGUCCAACGAUAUCACAAACUACUACAAGCAGGUCAAACGCCGGCCGCACGCCGUCAGCGACGAGAUCCACCCGAAGAAGCAGGCCAAGCAGAGCGCCCACCACCAGACGGUGGGCUACCAGAAGCAUGUGGCCAGCAGCACGCCCCAGCAGCUGCGGCACAGCCACCACCAGCUGCACCACGACGCGGACGCCGAGCUGGACGAGGAUGCGGUGGCCGGGGUGGCCAAGCAUCACCCGUUCGCCCUGUCGACGCCCCAGCAACAGUUGGCCGCCUCGGUGGCCAGCAGCUCGUCGAGCGGGGAUCGCAAUCGGGCGGACACCUCGCUGGGCAUACUGACCAAAAAGUUUGUGGACCUGCUGCAGGAGUCGCCGGAUGGCGUUGUGGACCUGAACGAGGCUUCCAAUCGGCUGCACGUUCAGAAGCGGCGCAUCUACGACAUCACCAACGUGCUCGAGGGCAUCAACAUCCUGGAGAAGAAGUCGAAGAACAACAUCCAGUGGCGCGGCGGGCAGUCGAUGGUCAGUCAGGAGCGGUCGCGGCGCAUCGAGGCCGAAUCGCAGCGGCUGGAGCAGCAGGAGAACGAGCUGAACAUGGCCAUCGACCAGAUGCGCAGCAGCCUGACCGAGAUCUCGAAGGAGGUGGAGAAUACCGGCGGGAAGGCCUACGUCACGCAGAAUGACCUGCUCAACGUGGAUCUGUUCAAAGAUCAGAUCGUCAUCGUCAUCAAGGCGCCGCCAGAGGCCAAGCUUGUGCUGCCCAACACAAAAUUGCCGCGCGAGAUUUACGUGAAGGCGGAGAACAGCGGGGAGAUCAACGUCUUCCUCUGCCAUGACACCUCGCCGGAGAACUCGCCGGUUGCGGCGGGCGCCGGCUACGUUGGAGCACCCGGAGCCGGAUGCGUGCGGACGGCCACCUCCACCCGACUGCAUCCGCUGACCAACCAGCGGCUGAACGAUCCGCUCUUCAACAACAUCGAUGCCCUGAGCACCAAGGGAUUGGUGCCCACGCCCUACCGCUCGGCCCGCAACCUCAGCAAAUCGAUCGAGGAAGCCGCCAAGCAGUCCCAGCCUGAAUAUAAUAACAUUUGUGAUAUUGCGAUGGCCCAGCAUCAUAAUCUGAACCAGCAGCAGCAGCAGCAACAGUUGCUGCAGCAGCCGGAGGAGGACGAUGUGGACACGGAGCUGAGUCAGCUGGUGCCGACACUGACGAAUCCGGUGGUCCGCAGCCACCAGUUCCAGCAGCAACAGCAGCACCAGCAGACCUCCAUCCAGGAGCUGUUUAGCAGCCUAACCGAAUCCUCGCCCCCGACGCCCACAAAGCGUCGUCGGGCGGCAGCAGCCGCAGCAAUUGCCGCAGGCAGCGCAACAGCAGCAACCACUACGCUUAAUAGUCAUAACAACAGCAGCAGCAACAGCAGCAACAGCAACCACAGCAAUCAUAGCAACAGCCACUCCCAGCCACCCACAAUAGGCUACGGCAGCAGUCAGCGACGCAGCGAUGUGCCCAUGUAUAAUUGUGCAAUGGAAGACGCAACCACAACUUCUGUAGCAGCAGCGGCAUCUGCAGCGUCGCGAACGACAGCAGCGACGCAAUCGUCGGCGAUAAGCUCGCUUCAAAUGCAGUUCGCUGCCGUCGCGGACAGCAACCACGGCAGCAGCGGCGUUGAUGGGGUUGACGGCGGCUAUGGCAGCAUCGCUGGCGCUGGCGCCAACGCUGAUCCCCAUCAGCCCUUCAGCCAUGACCGCCACAGCCUGCCGCUCAGCGUCGCCGACUGCGAUGCCAACAGCAACAGCAGCAACGCGACGCUCCAGGGCCUCGACUCGUUUCUGAACGACUUUAACCCGGACUACUUCAGCAGCAGCAACUUUGUGUGCAUCAAUCCGCCGGACGACAACGAUUAUCCGUACGCGCUGAACGCGAACGAGGGCAUCGAUCGGCUGUUCGGCUUCGGCUCGGAUGGCUAUGUGCCCUAGGAGGCGACUCUCACACACAUAUAUCUACGAACUUGGGAUUCUGGGGGUGUUUAUAAUUUUAAAUUAUACACAAAUUUGCAAGCACACAAAAAAGAAAACAACAAAAACAAACAACACCAGCAAAUUACAAAUUAUUAAAUUAUUUGAUUGCAAAAACUACAAACAAACAAAAAAUCCAAAAAGAAAACAAAACACAAAAAAAGCAAAUCAGCAAAACUUAAUGAAACUAAGUUGUGUGUAAAGUUUUAAGCGUAAAAAUAUAUACAUUUAAAUUUAUAACCCAAACUAAUUUAAGCGAAAAAAGAAAACACAAAGUCUACUUUACAAAAACUCAGCCUCACAAGCGAAAAGGAGAAGUUGUAGCGAGAAGAGCCACAUUUUAUAAGCAAGUUUCAAUUUUAGCCUUAAAACGAAGCGAAGAGCAAACCAGAUGCAGAAUCAGAAUCAGGAAUACGAUGUAGAAGAAAUGGCCAGCACACCUAGGAGCGAACGAAUGCUUCCCCUCAUCAAGCAACUUUUUUGGGCUAGAACCGUCUGUAAAUUAGUAAAAUAAUAGCAACACACACACACACGCAUAAUUUUUAAUUAGAAAACAAAAUAGUUGUAAAGCCAAUCAGCAUAAAAUUAAACAACAAUAAGUGGAAAAUCAAUUUCAAAUUGUAAAAGCGAGCGAAGACAUUUCGAAUUCAAACAGAGCAGAGCCAGAGGACGCAAUACCUGGGACCCCGAAAGGCCACCGCCCACCACACAACGCCCCCUCCUCACCUGUUUUAACUACGCAUGCUGAACGGGCGUCCUCUGCCAUUCGUCUCAUUUGCUUGGACCUAUCGAUUGAUUUUAAUUACUAUUAUUAAAGCUAUAACUAUGUAUAAUAAUUUGUUAUUGUUAUAAAUUUAAACUAUAAACACACACACACACAUGGGCCCAAUAGCAGUUUAUUCAUAGAAGCCAAAUCAUCCCUCAAAACACAAACAAGCAACAACUUAACAGAGUCAACUACAAGUACAUAAAUAAUUAUUUAAACUCUCGCCUAGAAGUUAUGUAUUUAACUAAACAAUAAAUGCAACCAACAAAUGCAAAUCAUACAACUGUAAAAUUUAAACAAAUAAAAGGAGAACCACGAAAAACCGAAA